CCGGCUGAUUUUCUCGCUUCUGCUACGCUCUGCCUCCCCUCCUCCGUCCUCCAUCCUCCGUCCACCGUCCACCGUCUAGUUUGAUUCAGGUUCCAAACUUUAGCAUAAAGGAGAGAAGGAAACCAUAAUGAACAAGAGGAAAAACUGGAAGCUUGUUCCCGUUAAUGGAAGGACGCAAAAGAAGAUGAAGCCGCGUACUUCAGGGACGAAUCUUUCUCUGUUCAAGAGAGACAUCGAUGAACUCAUAGACGAGUUUGUGGAGGGUGAUUUGACAACGUUUGAUGAUAUGAAGAGGGUGUGGCUAUCUCGAAAGUUUUCUUACAUAUAUGAAGCCUUCCCUAACACCAACUUAGCAUUUUUCAUUCAGUCACUAUAUGCUCAUACCAUUGGCCACAUGGUUAGUAUUGAUUCUUUUUCACGGAGGCUUGGAGGUCUUUACUGCCUCUAUUGCCUUCAUGAGAUCCAGCCUUUUAAACCCAAGUUCCGGAUUUAUAUCUCACUUCAGGAGCUUGGGAAAUUUAGGGAUCUUAUAGUUGAGGCAAAAGAGAAAGGUGUAGAGAUAGCUACUGCUGUGGGGAAACAAAUGCUUGAUAAAAACGUGUUUAUAUUUGGAGCUGUGGACUUUGAUGAAACGUCUACAACCGAGAAACUUCAUCAAUCGAUAGAGCUACAGAACAGACUUGUGCGGUGUGCUUACAAAAAGUUAACCUCUGAAACCGAGAUUGAGAAGUUUAUUCAUUUUGAUAUGGGUAAAGAAGUUGAUUUGAGCUCCAUACAUAAACAGUCUAUAGAGUAUGCAGAAGCCAAGAAGCGCGCAAUGAAAAGUGCAGGAGAGAUAGUGGAGAUUGGGGACAUAAAGCACAUAGCGGAAGAGAAAGAGUUGAUGGGAGAGAAGGUUGAGAAACUGAAAGAGGAAUGGGAUUCACAAAAACUUUCAUUUUGUGAAAAAACCAAGUUUGACGGUCUUGAUACGACACAGAAACUUCUGAAAGAUGUUGAACAUGAUGAUGAUGGAGAUGAAGAUGAUGGGUUUGGUGAGCUUGACCGCUUACUUUCCGACAGCUGAUUUGGACAUUGCACUCAACCAGCGAGAAGAUUUUAUGGAUGACUGCUAAUGAAAAAGCCCUCUAUAGACAUGGCAUUUACAGAUACGUCAUAACUGUCCGAGGUGUAGUUUGAUGAUUGAAUAUAUUGAGAUAAUAUGGGAAGGGGUUGGUGGUGAGACGAGCGGUGUUUGCUGGACCUUUGCCACUGUGGUUGUUGCCUUCAUGGUCCUUUAUCGAGAGUCCACACAGGGGAUCACCAAUUUUUUAUUUUUUACAUUUUUUAUUUCGAGUCUUCUUUUCUCUUAGUCAAAAACAUAUUAGGUCGGCGAGUCUAAUACGAAGAAUAAUCGGGCUGAGUAGCAAC